AUGCAUAAAAGAAGCAGCAGCAGAAAACAUGAUAUGAUUAUGGGCCAGCAGGCAGGUAGACAGACAGGUGUUACAGAAGAUUAUUUCGUCUUAAGAUUUCCAUUUCAUUUUCGAAUUAUUUACAAGAAAAGAAAAUUGAGACAUACAAAUUUAAUUUUAAACAAUCAUUCAAAGAAAGUGAAAAGAUUGUGCAAGAUUGCUUUAAAAGAAAAAGAAAGAAAAAAACUUUAA